AAUAUGGCAGCGGAACAAGCUGGUGCAGAGUACGAGGCUCAACACGUACAUGAUGUAUACGAGCAGAUCGCAUCCCACUUCUCGGCCACUCGCUACAAGUUUCUUAAGGAGUUGACUCCCGGCUCUGUAGGACUAGACGUCGGAUGUGGAAACGGCAAAUACUUGACCGUCAAUCCUGAUGUCUUCAUUAUUGGCAGUGACCGCUCGCCCUCGCUCAUCAAAUUCGCCUCGUCGCACCAACCGCACGCUGCUGUCGUCUCGGAUAUCCUUGCUCUGCCUCACCAGAACCACAACUUCGAUUUCGCAAUUAGCAUUGCUGUGCUUCACCACCUGUCAACACCAGAACGUCGCGUAGAAGCCGUUCAAACCAUCCUAGACACGCUCAACGCAGACGGUAGGGCAUUGUUGUAUGUGUGGGCUCUGGAGCAGAAAGACAGCAGAAGAGGUUGGGACGAGGGCAACCAGCAGGAUACUAUGGUGCCCUGGGUCAUGCGCGAGAAGAGAGAAANNAAGCAAAAGAAGGACCGGAAGCAACAGAACAAAGGAGAUGCUGCUCAACAAGAAGUCCCAGCCGAACAGGCACAGACAACUGGCACGAGUCUCGAGCCUGCCGGUGAUAAAACAUUUUACCGCUACUAUCAUCUCUAUCGCAAGGGAGAGCUAGAGGAAAACAUCGAGCUGGCUGGUGGCACAAUUGUAGAGGCUGGCUACGACAGGGACAAUUGGUGGGCUAUCUGCCAGAGGAAACAGACUUGA